AUGCGUGAAAUUAUCAGUAUUCAUAUUGGUCAAGCUGGUGUUCAAGUAGGUAAUGCCUGUUGGGAACUCUAUUGUUUGGAACAUGGUAUUAAUCGUGAUGGAACGAUUCCAGAGGGUGCAGCAGCCGUUAAGCAUGCCGAUGAAGUAAAGAGCAGAAGUUCCGGUGGUUCAUUCGGUACUUUCUUUAGUGAAUCCUCCAAUAAGAACAAGGUGGUGCCACGUGCUGUCUUUGUCGAUCUCGAACCAACCGUCAUUGAUGAGGUGCGUACCGGUCCAUACCGUUCGUUGUUCCACCCGGAGCAGCUAAUUACCGGAAAGGAGGAUGCCGCCAACAAUUACGCUCGUGGUCACUACACUGUCGGUAAGGAACAUCUCCAAGUCACACUGGAUCGUAUCCAAAAGUUGGUGGACGACUGCGAUGGUCUCCAAGGAUUCAUGGUGUUCCACUCGGUCGGUGGUGGUACCGGUUCCGGUUUCGGAUCGCUUCUUCUCCAGCAACUCUCACACGACUACGGUAAGAAGUCGAAGCUCGAUUUCUGUGUCUAUCCAUCGCCACAGGUAUCGACUGCCGUUGUCGAGCCAUACAAUUCAGUGUUAUCGACCCACGCUCUUCUCGAGCAUACCGACGUCGCCUUUAUGCUCGACAAUGAGGCGAUCUACGAUAUCUGUCGCCGUUCUUUGAAUAUCGAUCGUCCAUCCUACAGCAAUUUGAAUCGUUUGGUAGCUCAGGUCAUUUCCUCGCUAACUUCCAGCUUGCGUUUCGAUGGAUCGUUGAACGUCGAUAUUAACGAGUUCCAAACCAACUUGGUACCAUUCCCAAGAAUCCACUUCUUGCUCUGCUCAUACGCACCUGUCGUCACCAAAGAAAAGGCAGGACACGAACAAUUCUCAGUUAGUGCACUCACCAACGCCGUCUUUGAACAACAAAACAUGAUGGCCAAGUGUGAUCCACGUGAAGGAAAGUACAUGGCUUGCUGUUUGAUGUACCGUGGUACCGUCGUACCAAAGGAUGCUCAAAAGGCAGUGAACGACUUGAAGACAAAGAAGACCAUUUCAUUUGUCGAUUGGUCACCAUGCGGUUUCAAGUGUGGUAUCAACCACGAACCACCCACCGUCGUUCCAGGUGGUGAUUUGGCCAAGGUCGAAAGAGCCGUCUGUAUGUUAUCGAAUACCACAGCCAUCUCACAGGUAUUCUCUAGAAUCAACCACAAAUUCGAUCUCAUGUACACCAAGCGUGCAUUCGUGCACUGGUACGUCGGUGAAGGUAUGGAGGAAGGUGAAUUUGCCGAAGCACGUGAAGAUCUCAGCGCUUUGGAGAAGGAUUAUGAUGAUGUCAAAGAGAAUCAAGACGAUGAAGUAGAGGAAAUGUAA